AUGGAACCGUGGACUUUUCGAGAUGGCCUGGUUUGGCUGGCAGAAGUUUCGAUUGGUGCUGACGCGAGGACGGUGCUUGUGGAUAUGAGGGUUUUUUUGGUCCAGUUACAUGGAAUUACUCUUCUCAACAUGACCAUGAUGGUGGCUAAGAAAGUGGGGGCCCUUAUAGGCCGGGUUUUGGAGGUGGACCAGGCUGAUGGGGUCAAUUGCAUAGGCAGAUUUUUUAGAGUUCAUAUCAGGUUUGAUGUGGGGCAGCCAUUGAUGAGAGGAACCUUUGUGGCAUUCCCAGAGGAGGGCUCUCGGUGGAUAGACUUUCGUCUGGAAGCGGUGGAGGAUCUCCGGGGUCGGAGACUCAAGGGCUCUACUUGCCGCUUUAAGAACAGUGUGAGUCCGAGACGUGGUAGUGGCAACUAUGAUUUGACUCCUGGCUCUCAAGGGCAUCGGCAGCAUGGUGGAAACCGUUGGGGUCGUCGAGAUGGUAAUCGUGCGGACCAGCAUGGUACGUGGAGGGGUGAGAGAGUUCAAAGGGCAGAGUUGGAAGACACUGCUGCGUCACCAAACAAGUCUGGCUCUCGGCUUUCAGCUGUUGCUAACUUCAUACGCUGUCAACACGAUGGGGAGGAAAGGAAUCGGCAACUUCGAGAGGCAGCAUGGGAAGCUGGGUUAAUCUUUGGACGUGGGGAUUCCCGGGAAGGGACUUUUUCUCAUAACUCAGCCUCCAAUACGGUUUCUUUUAGCACACGGCAUAGGGAUAAUCUUGCCUACGGGCUAGGUCACAUGCAGGAUGCAGAAGCGGUGGGUGAGGGUUUGGAUCUAAAUGUUACUGUAGAUAACCAAGUGCUAGUUGUAUGCGGAGGAGAUAGUGUGGGGGAGCAAGUAGUGGGAAAUAUUGGCUUGGAACGUCCAUGGAGUCUAACCCAGAAUUCUGAUCCUUUCAACUUGGGUCCUUUGAUUGAUGGUGCACAACGGAGUGGGGAAGGUAGAGCAAAGAGAAAAGGUACCCUGAGCAAGGGGCAAGAGGAAGCUGAACAGUGCAGACUUGGUAAGCGGCAGUGGUAUGGGAACUCUAGUGUUUGUUUUGGGGUGUCAGAUACAUCUGGUGAGGAGUGUAUUAAUGCCUGUCGAGAAGGGUGCUUGGUCAUGGGAGACUUCAAUGACAUUGAGGCGGCGGAGAAGGAUGGCGGGCACCCGCGUACUGUACAGAGCAUGGAUGAUUUCCGUGGUUUUGUUACGACUAGUAAUCUGCUGGACUUGGGAUAUGAGGGGUGUCCGUUCACAUGGAGGAAUAGACGGGAUGAUGGGGGUAUCCAGGGAAGACUUGACAGAGGUUUGGCUAAUGAUCACUGGCUUCGGGUUUACCCUGAAGUGCACGUGGUUCAUCGGGUGGCUGAGGGUUCGAAUCAUGUUAUGUUGUUGCUCUAUACUUUGCAUACCUCUCGACGUAGAGCAUCUCGUUUUAUUUUUAAUCCACGAUGGAGUGCGCUGGAAAAGUUUCAUGAUUUGGUUAAGGAGCAAUGGCGGCGGGGUUUUGUAGGUCUAGGGGUCCGUGAAUAUGACGACAAUAAGGUGAGGAGGCUUGAAGUGGAUCUUAAAAAGGAGUUACAAAAGGAGGAGGAGUAUUGGAAGCUAAAGUCUCGGGUACAGUGGUUGUGCGAAGGGGAAAAGAGCACCAAAUUUUUCCACUCAAAGGUUCUUGUCCAGAGACGAGUUAAUCGAUUACUAGGGCUUGAGGAUCCAAGUGGGGUUUGGCAUGCGAAGGCAGCUGAUAUUAGAAGGAUUACAUAA